AGACAAACAAAAACCCAAAAAUAAUUACAUUAUUUUGAACAAAAAGAGAUCCUAAGCUAGCAAGUAGCAAGCAACAAAGUUAACAAACAUUGUCCUUAAAACUUUCAUUUGGGAAUCUUAUAUUAUUUCAGUCUUAAUCUUAACGUUAGCUCUUCUUCCCUUUAUUACUCUCACCACAACACAAAGUCCAUUUUACAACUUUUGCCAAUAAUAACAUGUCAAGAAGUGUACAUAGGUGGAUAAACGUGGUGGGACGAUGGGAGGAGGGCAGCAAUGAUCUGCCACCUCUAGUAGUCCCGCCACCACCACAAGUAGGAGUCGACACGGGGCGGUAUAACCAUCGCUCGAUUGAGACUCUGGUUGUGGUGCUAGCAGUGAUAACUAUUGCUGCAGUCAUUGCCGGUAUCAUUGCUAGAGUGUGCGGAGGUAGACAUCUUGGAGGAAAUGGUGAGCAUGAUAUUGAAGGGUGGGUAGAAAGGAAGUGUAGGAGUUGUAUUGAUGGUGGCCUUCCUCCUCCUCCUCCUCCUCCUCCUCCUCCUCCGCCUCCGCCUCCGCCAGCAGCUCCUGCAGCAACAGAAGUAGCUGCAGCAGCAGAGGAAUCAAAACCAGCAGCCACAGAGGAAGAAAAGAAGUAGCGCCGAAUAUCAUCAAAAAGUUUAAACCAAUGCUCAUGUAUCUUGUUAUUCUUGUAAGUGAGUUCAUAUAUUUAUUUUCUUUUUUUGGGUUCAGAUCAUGAAAUGUAGGCUUUUUAACCUGAAAUUUAAGUAGGUGUUAUCAGAACAUAAGUACUUAUAUAACUACUGAGAGAAAGAAAGGAUUUUUACUAGAAAAUUUUCAAGAUUAGUAGCAGAAAUUAAGGUUAGAGUUAGGAAAAGCUGAACAAUGUUCUGUGAAAUACAACUUUAUUAUGUCAUUGGAAUACAGAUUAUGAUUAAUUUGUCCUACAAACAAGUUUCU